AUGUCUAUCUACACGGCCUCCACGACUGCGCCUGUCAACAUCGCGACCCUCAAAUACUGGGGAAAGCGGGACAAGACCCUUAACUUGCCCACAAACUCUUCCAUCUCUGUGACGCUUGCGCAAGAAGACCUGCGGACGCUAACGUCUGUCGCCACAAGCGAGUCCUUCACGGAGGACCAGCUAUGGCUCAACGGACAGCCCGAGUCCCUGCAGGGUGAGCGUACGCAGCACUGCCUUCAGGACUUGCGUAACUUGCGUUCGCGCAUUGAGGCUCAGGAUUCCAGCCUGCCUCGCAUGUCGCAGUGGAAACUGCACAUCGUGUCGGAAAACAACUUCCCCACAGCCGCGGGGCUAGCUUCAUCUGCAGCGGGGUUUGCCGCCCUCGUUAUGGCUAUUGCCAAGCUCUACCAACUACCUGACUCCCACUCCGAGAUCUCCAAAAUUGCUAGAAAAGGAUCUGGUUCCGCCUGCCGGUCUUUGUUCGGUGGCUACGUUGCCUGGGAAAUGGGAUCCGAGCCUGACGGCUCCGACUCUAAGGCUGUGGAAGUCGCUCCUCAGUCCCACUGGCCCGAGAUGAAGGCUGCUAUUCUUGUUGUUAGCGCCGACAGAAAGGACACUCCAUCUACUAGCGGCAUGCAGCAUACCGUGGCUACUUCCGACUUAUUCCAGGAGCGUAUACGCAACGUGGUUCCCAAGAGAUUCGAGGAGAUGAAGCAGGCCAUCCAGGACCGCGACUUCACCCGGUUUGCCGAGCUCACUAUGCGUGACUCUAACUCUUUCCACGCUACUUGUUUGGACUCAUUCCCUCCAAUUUUCUACAUGAACGAUACCUCCCGCAAGAUCGUGAAGCUCUGUCACCAGAUCAAUGCCUUCUACGACGAGACCAUCGUGGCUUACACUUUCGACGCUGGUCCCAACGCUGUUUUGUACUACCUCCAAGAGAACGAAGCCAAACUCAUGGCCUUUGUGCAUCAUGUGUUCCAAAAGAACUCUGGCUGGGACACCAAGUUCUCUCAAAACGACCUCGAGAAAUUCAGUGAAGUCUUCAAGACUCGCGUCGCCCCAGAGGUGGCCUUUGAGUUUGACGAAGAACUUUACAAGGGUGUCUCCCGUGUCAUCCUUACUCAAGUUGGUCCAGGGCCCCAGGACACCACUGAAUGCCUCAUCAACAAAUCUACGGGCUAUCCUAACUAA